UGCUUCCUCAUCCCGGGCCCGGCUUCUCUGGCUUGCUGUCUCUGCUGCUCUGGAGGAUUCACGCGCGGAGGAGGAUCCGCCCUCUUGGUGACAGUCACCGGGGACCAGUGCUCUGUAAAGUGGCGUGCAGCGUCACUCACAGGCCCCGAAGACAUGCUGCAGACUGCCGGUGCCAAGGCGUUGCACACAGGCUGCCCUGAAAGUGGCAACUCCCGUUCUUUGAUUGUGUCUGAUGUUGUCAUUCACUGAAGAGGAAAAAGAAACGUUCUCAGAAUUGCUAGGUAACAUGCAAAAUUGGUAAAGUGCCUCUGCCGAAACCAUGACCAGAUGGGCUAGAGUGAACACCUCAAAUCAUAGGAGACCCUUGUCUGCGACAUCAUGGGAGGACAUGAGGGGAGGGUCUGCAGGGAGUGCAGACGGAAACCUUCCAAAGCAUAAACAACGCCAAAUCAGUAGGCUUUCCCUUAAAAAUGAUUCCCCUCAAGCAAAACAUAAAAAGAACAAGAAGAAAAAAGAGUAUUUAAAUGAAGAUGUGAAUGGAUUCAUGGAAUACCUAAAACAGAACUCUCAGAUGCUUCACAAUGGACAGUUGAUAGCAGCAGACAGCCGGGAAGUACGGGAAGAGAUUGCAGUAGCCUUAAAGAAAGACAAUCGACGGGAAGAAAGACGGUUAAAAAGACAAGCAGCAAAGAAAAAUGCAAUGAUAUGUUUCCAUUGUAGAAGGCCUGGCCAUGGAGUCGCCGAUUGCCCAGCUGCACUGGAAAGUCAGGACAUGGGCACUGGCAUCUGUUACCGCUGUGGGUCCACAGAGCACGAGAUGACGAAGUGCAGAGCUAGCGUGGACCCCGCUCUCGGUGAAUUUCCUUUUGCGAAAUGUUUUGUCUGUGGAGAAAUGGGACACCUAUCCAGGUCCUGCCCCGAUAAUCCCAAGGGCAUCUAUGCUGACGGUGGCGGCUGUAAACUCUGUGGCUCUGUGGAGCACUUUAAGAAAGAUUGCCCUGAAAAUCAGAACUCAGAUCGGAUGGUCACAGUUGGUCGAUGGGCAGCGGGAAUGAGUGCCGACUAUGAAGAAGUCCUGGAUGCACCCAAACCACAGAAACCAAAGACUAAAACACCCAGAGUUGUUCAUUUUUGAUAAGAAUCGGUACUGCUGGCGACUACCACCUCACUGUUACUUUCCAAAGUAGGCCUUUACAGGUUAGAGCUGGCUUCCUGUGGAGGCGAACCUGUAUUAUAGACACCACCCUGACCUAGGUGAAGUCAAGUUGACUGUAUUCUGUCCUUCAAGGAGUAUAAGAUGAUUAAUUGUACUUACUCUCUAGACCUGUGUGUGUGUGUGUGUGUGUGUGAGAGAGAGAGAGAGAGAGAGAGAGAGAGAGAGAGAGAGAGAGAGAAAGAAAGAAACAGACUGUCUGUAGCCCAGGUUGGCUUCAAACUAGUAAUUGUGCCUCAGCCCUCAAGUGCUGAGAUCACAGACAUGUGCCUAGGAGCAUAAUUCAGCAGAGCUUAGAGCUAACUAAGCGCCUGUACACUUGGCUGACAGCUGUCUCUGCAUCAAAGUUGACCAGCCCUAAACAAAACUCACAGCUUCAAUUUUGUGAAUAAGUCAAAUUUUGUUAUUCUUUUUUCAGAGUAUCAGUUUAUCAUAAUAGAAAUUUAUUUAUAUAUUGUCACAGAGUCUGGAAUUUUUAGUACCAAAUAAAUUUUAUCAUCUGUU